GUUCCGGACAUAGCCGAACGAGUGAGCGAGUGCAAGUCAAGAAGGAAGACGAAGAAACUAAAAUCUGUCGUUCACUUUAGUGAUGUAAAUUUUGAAAUUUUAAGAAAAUGAUAUUGUAAAAGCUUGAAAGGAUAAUCUUAUUUUGAUUUUAAUUGUAUCUUAGUGAUAUUGUUUUGACUAUUAUAGCCCUGACUUAAUUUAUACCGUCGGUAAAGUGAGAGAGUUCAGUGCGUGUGCAAGGGUGGUAACGAGAAAUGUGAAGUAUCUAUGAAGUUCAGGAUUCUAAAGCCGUUUAUUUUAUAAGUUUAAUAAUGAGCGGACGCCCUAGGACCACGUCAUUCGCCGAGGGCAGCAAAUCCGUUCGAAAGACAUUCGAUAAUCAACCACCGAAACCACCUCUUGGAGGCGUAAAAAUUAGCAGCGACGUGGAAACUCCUAAAAAGACCGAGCUGGCUUCAGAAAAGAAGGCGGCCUCCUCGCAUCGCAAGGACGGCUCGAAGGUGACGACUGUGGUGGCGACGCCGGGGCAAGGCCCCGACCGGCCGCAGGAGGUGAGCUAUGCCGACAUGAAGCUCAUCGGCAACGGCAGCUUCGGCGUCGUCUACCAGGCCAAACUCUGCGACACCGGCGAACUCAUAGCCAUCAAAAAGGUGCUCCAAGACAAGAGGUUUAAGAAUCGUGAACUUCAGAUUAUGCGACGACUGGAGCAUUGUAAUAUCGUAAAAUUGAAAUACUUCUUUUACUCUAGUGGUGAAAAGGCGGCAGUGCCCGCGGCAGUGAGCUCACUAUUAAACGCAAUGCAGAGUCUUGAAGUCGCAAAGGAUGAAGUGUACCUGAAUUUGGUGCUGGAGUAUAUACCAGAGACUGUGUACAAAGUGGCACGUCAUUACUCCAAAGAUGAACAAACAAUACCCAUUAGUUUUAUAAAGCUAUACAUGUAUCAGUUGUUCAGAAGCCUCGCAUACAUCCACUCGCUGGGCAUCUGCCACCGAGACAUCAAGCCGCAGAACCUGCUCCUCGACCCGAAGACUGGCGUGCUCAAGUUGUGCGACUUCGGCUCCGCCAAGCACCUCGUGCGCGGGGAGCCCAACGUCUCGUAUAUCUGCUCGCGAUACUACCGCGCUCCCGAACUCAUCUUCGGCGCCAUAGACUACACAACUAAAAUAGACGUGUGGAGCGCGGGUUGCGUCGUAGCAGAAUUGUUACUGGGACAACCGAUAUUCCCUGGCGACUCUGGCGUUGAUCAACUCGUUGAGAUCAUCAAGGUCCUAGGUACGCCUACACGAGAACAAAUUCGAGAGAUGAACCCGAACUACACUGAAUUCAAAUUCCCUCAAAUCAAGAGCCACCCUUGGGGAAAGGUGUUCCGCGCGUGCACGCCGCCCGACGCGAUCUCGCUGGUGUCGCGGCUGCUGGAGUACACGCCGGGCGCGCGCCUGUCGCCGCUGCAGGCGUGCGCGCACAGCUUCUUCGACGAGCUGCGCGAGCCCGCCGCGCGCCUGCCCAACGGCCGCCCGCUGCCGCCGCUGUUCAACUUCACCGAGUACGAGCUCAGCAUCCAGCCCUCGUUGAACGACUUCCUAAAGCCGCGCGCCACCGCCGCGCCCGCCGCCGACGCGCCCGGGGCCUCCGCCGCCGCGGCGCAGCCCGACCACGCGCACACGCCCACAGGCGAGAGCGCGGGCGCGAGCGGGCCGAGCGGCUCGCCGGGCGCGUCGUAGGCGCCGCGCCGCUGCCGACUCCGCGCGAGUCCGUCGUAUGCUAUUUAGUGAUAGUCCUUUUUCGUGUUGGCCAUCGGGUAAAAUUAAAUGCAUAAUAGGUGUUUUCGGCGAGUAAUCGUGUGAUAAUGUAGUGUAAUCGUCGAUGCUUCAGCCGUCGUAGUCGGCGAACGGUAAAUCCGCCGUAGUCUCUGAACCGUCGCGAUGUGAUCACUUUGUACUUUUGUAAGCUCAAAUUCGUCUCUUUAUGUACAUACCUUAAAAUUGUUGAGUUUGAAGUGACGCUCGUUCGAUAUACGACAGAUUAUCGUCCGAUAAAAUUGUUUUGUUUCGUUUUCAAGUGUAAUCCGAGGUCUGCGACGACGAGAUGUUCCGCUUUAUCCGUAGACCGACCCGCUCCUGCGAAGUCAGCGCGAGAGACAGUCACAUAUUUGUAUCACUAGAAUCACCUAUUGAGAGAUAGCCGCAUGAUACUUAGUGAGGAGCGUUACCUUGCUUGGGCCAUGUAAUCAGUAGGAAAGACAUAUUCAGUAGUGCAUUAGCGUAUUUAUUGUUGGAACGUAUCACUAACUCAGAAACGUAUGCCUAGUGUAAUUUCAACGAUAAAACUUAGCAUGGAACAUUUUUUGCAUUCAUAGAGAGCAUACUUGUAAAUUUUUAUAACUAGUAUAAACUGAUCUCUCAAGAUAAUUUAUAAUAUUAACGAUAUCUCAGAAUACUAUGUAUAAACAAUUCAGAGGAUAUAAAUUUUAGAUUACUACAGUAUAGAUAUGUAUUUUUUUUCGGCAACUUGUAUGUUAUAAACAUUUUGAUUGCGGUGUACCUUAUUUUAUCCAGUGCUGGAUAAAUGUAAUGUAUUUAAUAGCACUGUCUGUGUCCUAAUGUAACGACAUAGUUUUUCGAUAAUAUUGUAUUCUAUAUUCAAUAAAUGAUAUUUCUAUAAUAUAAAAUUUGUCAUUGAGAACACUAUGGUUAUUAGUAGUCAUCUAUGGAGAGAAUGUUAAAAUAAUGCUAUAAAUUUCAUUGUCAUAGUUUUAAGUAAUUCGAGUAAUUUCAUUUUGCACUUCUAUUCGGCAUACCGUUACAAAUUAGGCAAACCUUUAAGUAUAGACUAACGAAUCUUGUAUUCAUGGUGUAGAAGUAGCCUGUAUGCAUAAAUUUCUCGGUGUAAUGUCCAAUACCUUUGCACCACCUUAGUACGGAGUUAAAUAAAGGCAGCUGUGAAUGUUCACUGAGCAGGGAGUCUUGCUGUGCUUCUAAUUCCACUUAGAGAUUAGCUAUUGAUUGAAAGCGCUUUUUCUCGUUCUCGCGUCAUGACUUGAUGAAUUUACAGUUCAUUGACAAUGAAGUGGAAUUAUAAGCAAAGUGUACAUUUGGACGCCCCGAGAGGCUAUUUCUCAUUUGGACCAAGUCAUGGUUACCAUGUCUGGCUUCAUAAUGACUUAGCUAGAUUGACUAGCAGCAAUAACCUGCCUUUUUUGUAUUCAUAACGCUAUUAUGCUAAAUGAUCGUUUUUUCGUAUUUUUAAUAUUUCUUUUGAUACUAGCAUGUUUAGCGGGUUCAAUUCCCGUACGUAAUUUAUGCUGGGACCUUCGAAAUUUUAAACACAUAACUAAUUAUGUAUUACUUUAUGUACCUAUGUACUAUUAAUUACGUAUAAAUUAUUGUAUCUUAAGAGAGGCGCUCGGCGCACCGUUUUCAAAUCACAUAGUGGAGCUUAGAUGUGGUCGUAAGGCUAUUGAUUUGCCGACACCUUUUAUAAUUCGUGUAAAUAUUAUGAUUAUCUGUACGGUGUGAGUCGUGACGCACCAGGCGGCGCGGCCCGCUGCGGACUCGUUAAGGGACACGGUAGUUUAGAUAUGCAUAUUUUUAUUAAGUCUAUCUAAUAUGAAUUUUGUAAUCGACGUUGCUUCUUAAGACCCUCUGUGUAAAAAAAUAUAAGACAUACUAGUGACCUGAAUGUUUGAAGCGAUGUUAUUGAACGUCUCUAUCCCACUGAAUUCUCACUUUCACGAUUUACGUGCACGUUUACUACAUGAGAAUUUCCCAUAUAAAAAUAAUACAUAGUUCGAAAUGGGGUUAUGACAUACAAAUUAUUUAAAAGUAAAAGUUUUCUUAUUACUGUAACUGUAAUAUUAAAUUUAAUAGUGAGUGAAAUUUGUAUUUGUUUUAAUAUUUGUUUUACUGAAUUUGAAUACAUCGUAACACCCAUAUCGUUGUUAGUUAUGAAUGAAAAUAACAUUAUAAAAGUAAAUAUUAAAUGAAUAGUAA